AUGGCAGCUUGGCAGCCCACUCUGCUCCUGCUGCCCUUGCUGGGGACCUGGGCCAUCCCGGGUCACGGAGGAGCCACCCAGGACCCUGGAGAGCCCAGUCUGCAGCUGGUCGGCGGCGGCUGCCGCUGCGCCGGGAUGCUGGAGGUGAAAUGGGAAGGCAGCUGGAGAGGAGUGUGUCGGGAUGGCAGGAGCAAGGCAGGAGUGGGGGACGUCUGCCAGAGGCUGGGCUGUGGCCCCCAGGUCCCCAAGCCCCUCCAGGUCACCUUCACCAGUGGGAAGGAGCCACAAUCGUGGCUGCUGCGGUGCCAGCAGCUGCUGGCCGCCCCGCUAACGUGCCGUCGGGCGCCGGAAAAUUGCACAGAUCCCAUCACCCUCGCUUGCAGUGAACCAGUGAAAACCACCCCCAAACCCCCACCGGUGCCUCCGACCACCACCCCGGAGCCUACCGGCCCCGCCAGGCUGCGGCUGGUGGACGGUGACUUCAGCUGCUCGGGCUUGGUGGAGCUGCACCGGGACGGGCUGUGGGGGGCUGUGGCGGGCAGUGUUUCCUUGGAGCUGGCCACCCGUGUCUGCCAGGCCCUGGGCUGUGGCUCCGCCAUCAGUAGCCAGGGCAAGCAGGAGCAGGGAAGCCACCUGCCGGUGCGGUGGGAGCUGGUGGAGCCGUGUGAGGAACCCUCCAUCUUUGACUGCUUCAACCGCAGCCGCGCGCGGGGCGGGAAGGUGCCGGCCUUCGUCGUCUGCUCGGAAUCCCAGCCCCGGGCCACGCGGAGGCUGGCGUGGGGUCCCACGCCUUGCGAAGGGGACAUCGAGGUGUUCCACGAGGGGCGGUGGCAGGUGCUGUGCGACCAGCGGGCGCAGCGAGCCGAGCGGGGCCGGCAGCUCUGCCGGGAGCUGCGCUGCGGGAACCUCUCCUCCAGCUCCGAAAUCCAGGAUCCUCCCGCCGCGGGUGUCACCUGCGGAAACCCCAUCCUGCACCUCUGCUCCACCGCCCUCAAGGAGUCCCAGACCUGCUCCCGGACCAGAGUCGUGUGCCAGGACUCAAAGCCACAGCCCCCCGGCGUGGCAGCUGGCACCAUCGUGAGCAUCUUCCUGGCCUUGCUGCUCCUGGGUGUUCUCCUGCUCAUCUGCGGCCCUCCAGCCUACAGGAGGCUGCUGAAGAGAAUCUCCAAAAAAAAGCAGCGCCAGUGGAUCGGCCCCACGGGACUCAACCAGACGGUCUCCUUCCACCGCAACAGCACGGUCACCGCCAGGCCGCGGGCGCAGCGGGGGGACAACGACUACACUCAGCCCCCCCAGCAGAGCUCCCGUUCCUCAGCUUACCCAGCCCUGGAAGGCGCCGGCAGAGCUUCCAACCACCCGGAUAACUCCUCUGACAGUGACUACGACCUGCACUCUGCCCACAGAGUGUGA